AUGUCCAUCGACAACAAGCCGCCGAACCCUCACCGGGAUGAGAGCGAAGAGUCGACUGGUUCCACUCCGGAGAGGGAGCAAAUCCCUUCCAUGACUGCCGGCAGUGGCAGCACAAUCAUCAACGUCUCUCAGGAUGGCCAGCAACCCAAGAGAAAGGGUGGCCGCAAGCCCAUCUAUGCGACGUCUGAAGAACGCAAACAACGCAAUAGACAAGCCCAGGCCGCCUUUCGCGAACGUCGCACCGAGUACAUAAAGCAACUCGAGGAAACGAUUCGCGUCCAUGAGUCCAACCUGCACAAUCUACAGGCUGCGCAUCGUAAUGCCGCCGAGGAAUGUCUAAUGCUCCGCUAUAAGAAUUCGCUACUUGAGCGUAUCCUUCUUGAGAAGGGCAUCGAUGUCCAAGCUGAGCUCCAAGCCAAAACUGGCAGUCCCAACUUGGCGCCUACUCAUAUGCCACAGAACUUGGUGCAGCCGCCUCCCCUUCAACGCACCAUGAUGCAUCGGCACCAUGCACGCAAAUCUAGCAUUGCUCCCAAGACCGAGCCUGGCACCGCUCUUCCGCCACCUCUACAGCCUCACAAGACUGCGCCAUCUCCAAAGAAUCGACCAGCACCUCCUUCUCAUGCCAACUCCCCCAAUACUAACAGCUCGGCCUUUUCUCCUGCGGCCUCGGAUACCAUGUCCAUGCGAGGAUCCAUCUCUGGGCUAUCCCGUCAGCAGAUGACUCCCAUUUCUAUCACAACGCCCUCGGCAAGGCAGCCAAUGAUGCAAACCGGGGCGCGCGGGGCUAUGGGCUCUGGUGCGUCGUUUUAUCCGACACCCUCAUUCCAGAAUCACAUUGAGCAGCUUGGUAAGAUAGACCAGUCUUCUUGUAGAAUGUUUGUGGUGAUUGCUAAUGCGCUACUGUGUAUAGAGCAAGAGUAUGAAGCCGACAUGGUCGAGGAUUCAGAGAUUGAGACGCCCAGUGGCCCCGGCCCAUAUCCCGGGGGCUUUAACGGCGAACAGCAACCGAUGCUUCUUUCACCAGCUUCUACCGGGCCAGGACAUCAAGUGACGGCGGCUUCUCAGUAUCCCACAAUGACACAGCUGUUGGAUCAGCAACCCGACUGGGAUCCCUUCGGCCUCAGCGCUAGCAUGGCUUUCCCAAAUCAGCCAUUUCAAUUCGACCAGACACACAUGAGGUGA